AUGGAACAGCAAGCCAGUAACCCGAGAGCUGCUCCAGAGAAACCCGAGGCGGGGAUAAAGUUCAAGGAUGCUGUCGGCAGAAAGUUCACAUUCCCAUUCACCAUGGCUAAAACCUGGAAGGGUGUAGAGGAGCUCAUCAGACAAGCCUUCAUCCACGUUGAUGUAAUUGGCCCUCACGUAAAUGAGGGGCACUACGACCUAAUUGCUCCGAAUGGAGAGAUCAUCCUUCCUCAAGUGUGGGAAACCAUCAUACAACCC